GUCCCCGCAUCCAUAGCCAAGUAGGAGUAGCUCAGAGCUGGGUAAGCUAUAGCUAGCCAUAGCGUUUCUUUUCAGGUUAAACACACAUAUAUUUGCAUGCAUUCGCUCAAGCUGCUUCCAUUAUUCCAUUCUGUCAACACGAGAAGUCACCCAAGAAGUGAAGAAGGCUGCAGCUACUCUAUACCAAAACUACUGAAUCUCUAGCUGUCAGCACUGAUAUACACCAAUUUCUUCCCAGGACGCGGCGGCGAGCCAUCCCGUCGAUGAUCAUGGAUUUACCGGCAACCACAUGGCUGGCGUUUGCUGUCUUCUUCAUGGUUGCAGCAGCGAUCAAGAUUACCAGGCGACAGCGAUCUGCCGCUAGUCCGACAAUGACACGCCCGCUUCCCCCUGUGUCUCCGGGGGUCCCUCUCCUAGGCGAUCUGCCAGCUUUGCUCAUCAAGGGACCCUUGGCGCUGAUACGCGACCACUACACGAGGCUGGGAAGCGUCUUCACCGUGCGGUUGUUCCACCUGAAGCUGACCUUCUUGGUCGGGCCGGACGUGUCGAGCCAUUUCUACCAGGGGCUCGACUCGGAGAUCAGCCAGGACGAGGUCUCCCAGUUCACCAUCCCCACCUUCGGCCCGGGCGUCGCCUUCGACGUCGACUACGCCACUCGGCGCGAGCAGUUCAGGUUCUUCGGCGACGCCAUGAAGCCGGUGAAGCUUAGGACCUAUGCCCAGCUCAUGGUCCGUGAAGUCGAGAGCCACUUCGCGAGAUGGGGACAGUCCGGCACGGUUAACCUGAAGCAGGAGCUGGAGCACGUCGUGACGCUCAUGACCAGCCGGUGCCUGUUGGGUGCCGCGGUCCGGGAGAAGAUGUUCGGCGAGGUCGGGACGCUGCUCCGCGAGCUCAACGACGGCAUGCGCCUCGUCACCAUCCUUCUCCCUCACCUGCCCAUCCCCGCGCACCGCCGGCGCGACGCGGCGCGGGCCAGGCUAGGCGAGAUAUUCAUCGAGAUCGUCAGGUCCCACAUGAACCGCAACGACGGCCGGGCCGACGACUGCCACGACAUGCUGCAGUGUCUGAUCGACUCGCGGUACAAGGACGGCCGCUGCACGACGGAGACGGAGGUCGUCGGGAUGCUCGUCUCGGCGCUCUUCGCCGGACAGCACAACAGCUCCAGCGCGGCCACCUGGGCCGGGGCGCGCCUCCUCACCCACACCAAGCACCUGCGCGCCGCAGUCGAGGAGCAGGCGCGGGUCGUGGCGCGGCACGGGGGCCGCGUCGACUACGACGUCCUGCAGGAGAUGGACACCCUGCACCGCUGCGUCAAGGAGACCCUGCGCCUCCACCCGCCGGCGCUGAUGCUGCUCCGCCACGCGCGCCGGAGCUUCGCCGUGCGCACGGGGGACGGCCGCGAGUACGAGGUGCCCAAGGGCCACGCGGUGGCGAGCCCGCUGGUGAUCCACAAUAGGCUGCCGCACCUCUACGAGGAGCCCGACAAGUACGACCCCGACCGGUUCGGCACCCGGAGGGCGGAGGACAAGACCGGCGGCGCGCUAGCGUACGUGUCGUUCGGCGCCGGGCGGCACCUCUGCGUCGGCGAGGCGUUCGCGUACAUGCAGAUCAAGGUGAUAUGGAGCCACCUGCUGAGGAACUUCGAGCUGGAGCUCGUGUCGCCGUUUCCCCAGACGGAUUGGAACGUGGUCAUGCCAGGGCCCAAAGGGAAGGUGAUGGUCAGCUACAAGAGACGGCAGGUGCCUACUGCAGCCUGAGCCAAAGGGGUCUCUCUGUUUAGUUCUCGUAAGGAUCUAGAAA